AUGGUUUUCUGCACCUAUUGUGGGCAGUCCUUCACCCGAGACGAACACCUCGAAAGACACAUUCUUACCCAUACCAAUGUCAAACCGUUCAAGUGCUUUACUUGUCACAUGAGCUUUGCCCGCCGGGAUCUCCUUCAGAGACAUUACACAGUCCACGGUCGCGACACGAACAAUCAAGAAGGCCUCCCUCCGAACGCUGGCAUCAUUCCCAAGUCGGCAGGCCGCACACCCAUUGCAUGCAGUAAUUGCGCGAAGACAAAGACAAAGUGCGACAAGAAGUUCCCGUGCAGCCGAUGUGCACAGCGGAAUCUCAAGUGCACCUUGCGUCCUACACGGCGAGCAUCUAAGAAUGUGAACAGGAUCAUAGCGACGGGCGAGGCUGCCACUAGUGGAUCAAGCGAAUCGGCAAGUAACAACGAAUCCCAAGACAAUUCUGGUGGCGACUCUCCGGUGCGAGACGGUCAAACGUCGACGCAAGCGCAAGCACAGGCAGUGCAUCCGCGAGGACAGUCGCCACAACAAGUGUCGAAUGGACAGACGCAGCCGCGCCAGUCACCACAGCCUGCGUCAGUUGCACACUCGCGGAAUCCAUCCAUCUCCCAGCCUGUGCAACAGUUGCAAAAUCCCCCUCCAGAGGAAAAGCCACUGCAUAUACCCAUCGCGACGACCACACCACCGUUCUUCGAGCAGUCACCGCCCAAUGGUCUCCCUUCGACGAUGCCUUCGGUCUUGUCUCCGCUGCCCACCCCAGUCAAUGGGUUCAUCUCGCAAACACCAAUGUCAGGUUACGAGGACUUCGUUGGGACUGUACAGAACCACUCGGAUGAGCCCAGUCCACGGUUUUUCAUGGAUCCUUGGAAUACAAUGUCAAUGGGUCAGGAUUUCGACCCCAUGAGGAUCGACCCGUCACUGAUAAUGUCAAUGAACAUGGACAUGACUAUGGGUCCUCCGACUGAUGGCAUCCUGGGCAUGAUUCCCGAGAUGUCACCUUCCCAGACUUUCGGGCCGGUCCAAACGCCUAUUCAGACACCGAGAAUGGACGAGUCUUUCUCCGACUUGCAAAUUGGUAGCUCCGCCUCCAUGUUCUACCCGUCGAACAGACAGAAUUCCAUCGUCGACGCUGGCGUUCCCGACCUUGGAGCCAUCAUUGCGGCCCACGAUGGAUGGUCUGUAUUUCGCUGCACCCCCUCCAUUCCAUCAAGCUCCUGUCCUCGUACUGCGAGACUGAAUCUCGAGCGUCUUGAGCAAAGCCUCAAGAACCACGAGGGAUGGAGCAACUGGCGGCCCUCUUGGGACGAAACCGACUUCCAGCAAAGCGGACGAGUGGGCGUUGCGAAGAUCUACGAAUCCACGCGAGACAAGCUGCUUGCCAUUACACAGAGUUUUUUGCACAAGGCCCUUGACAUCCACAAAGACGGUAUGUCCAGUUCUAGUAGUGACUCGCCGGGAUCAACGGCGUCAAACUUUGUUCUCUUGCCACCUGCUCCUGUUCUGGAUCUGUUUCUUCGUUCUUAUGCCAACUCCUUCGAGCGCUUCUAUCCAACCACUUCGCGUGGAAUGCUGGAUGCGAAUGAACUCAUGCAGAACUACAACGACAAAGCAUCGAGUCUUCUGAUAUUGAUGAUGAUCGCACAGGGCGGAAUCAACAUUCCGUCGAUGGAGGCGCGGUGGUUGACCGGCGGUAUCACCGAGGCGUGCCGCAUUUCCCUGUUCGACCUUGUUGAGAAGAACAUCAUCAUGGCCGGCGAUCCAAUCGUACUGCGUGCGGCUCUUCUCUUCACAGUACAGGCGGCGUGGAGCGGGGACAAGUGGCAGAUGGACAUUGCCAUGGGUCAGCGCGGGAUGUACUUCGCAAUGCUGCGGCACUCGGGCAUUCUCGAACCUCAGCGACUCUCGACACCUCAUCAGAAUGGAAACAGGACGGAUGCUCUGUGGCAAGACUGGAUUCAGCAGGAAGGUCGAAGUCGGCUCAUCUACUCGUGGGUGAUGGUGGAUCAGGACCUAUCGUUGUUCCAUGAUACGGCUCCUUUGUUCUCCGUCACGGAAUUUGGUGCACCUAUGCCAGAUGCCGACGGGCUUUGGCAGACAGCGGACGCUUCAGAAUGGUCUGAAAUGUUCAGCAAGGUGCACGAAUUCUCGAACGGCUACUCGUCCGUGGGCUCUGGUGCUCGGCCACUAAGUCUCAGGGACUUAUUCCGCCAUUUUCUUGAUGAUGAGAUUGUUGCACAAGACAUCCAGCUUACUCCGCUGCACCUUCGUCUACUGCUACAUCCUUUGCAGACUCUGGUGUGCCAAUACUGUCAAUUACUAAGUUGCUUCUCCGACAGCAUGGCUUCAAGACAGCGCUCAAGAGCUGUGACGGCCGCGUCUACUCGUGUGCGGCUCGAAGAGGUGCAGUCGCUGUUGCAGAGAUGGUUCGAGCUGGCAGAGCGCUACAUGGCGAUGAACCCCAUGUGUCCUAUGAUGCAGGCCAAUCUUGUCAUGUUCCAUCUCGUCAGCAUGAAUGCUGUUACUAACUUCCCAGAGAUCGAGAAACUUGCUCGAAGGGAAGGCGUUGAUACAUAUCAGCAGAUGCUCUGGAUUCACAAAAAGUGCAUCUCGGAUGUGCACGAAGCUAUCUUCCACUCCGGACAGAUAAUGCGCAUCAUUCGGGAGAUGUCCAAGGGCAUUCGACCUCCAUGGUGGCCUGGUGCAAUCUAUCGCGCUGGGCUGGUGCUCUGGACAGACGCUUUGACUCAUAAUGAGUCGACGAGUCCAAACCAGCAGGGCCAAUACACCCCACCAGGCACCUCGGUGCCGGUCGAUCGUCUGCAGGCGAAUGACCCUGUCAUUGUCCGGUACGUCACGCGAAGAGAGGGUAUUCCUACACUCAGUAAGCGAGACGGCACGCCGGUCGGCAUCGACAAUGGCUUCAGAGUGCUUUCGCACUGCGUUGAUGUCAUCGAUGAGGGUGUUGCGACGAGAUUCUCCGAUGGUAUACGCGGGAAACUCGAAAAGUUAGCCAGGGGCUAG